UGUGCCCCUUGAUUUUGAAGUUAUUAGUUGGCAAUAGCUUUCAGCCUUUCUAUACGCUACUGCCUCCCAUCAUAACAAAUGAAUUCACAACGGUGAAAGUGGUUUAUGUGGUUUCAUUUCAUCAUAUGCAUUUUGGUCUACUCUCCCUCAGAAAAUUACACAGAAAACUAUGGAUGCUAAACCAAAAUGCGGAACCUGCAGAAGGGGUAUCUUGUUUCCCACAAGUACAACUGUAUAUCGUUGCCAUAAGUGCCAGACGAUUAUUUGUUCACGUCCAAAUGAGCAAGCAAAGAUUAACUGCUCAGGCUGUGGGGGAGAAUUUAUAGUUCCCAUAAAGACUACUGCAUACCGAUGCUCUAUCUGCCAAGCUGUUACUACGACUUCAGGGCAUGGGCAAUGGAGCUCUGAUAGUCCAGUUCCCGGCCAAAAGCUAAAACUUGGUUCUAUAUUGUUCAAACAUAAUCGGCCUGACAAGAGUCAUCAGUUGUCAUCAUCUUCAACAGGGUCCUUCACCUUGUCUACCAGAUGUAAAAAGCGAGCAGUGCUCUGCGGAGUUACCUACAAGAAAAGGAGAUACAAGCUCAAGGGAACCAUUAAUGAUGUUAUGAACAUGAGAGAGAUGCUGGUUAAAAUAUUCGAUUUCCCUAAAGAGAGCAUACGUAUACUCACAGAAGAAGAGAAAGAUCAACGCUUAGUUCCAACGAAGAAGAACAUAUUAGAGUCCUUAAAGUGGCUUGUGGACGGCUGCCGACCAGGAGACUCACUGGUCUUUUACUUCUCAGGACAUGGGUUACAACAGCCUGAUUUGAAGGAAGAUGAGCUUGAUGGGUUCGAUGAAACUCUUUGUCCGGUUGAUUUUGUGAGAGAAGGCAUGAUCGUUGACAAUGAAUUGAACUCUAUCCUUGUUUGGCCACUAAAGAAUGGCGUCACACUUCAUGCUAUUGUUGAUGCUUGUCAUAGUGGCACAAUUCUUGAUCUUGCCUAUGUCUAUAAACUAGAGAACCAUGAGUGGGAGGACAACAAACCACCUGCAAAAGUGCCUAUGAGAAAGCAUACAAGUGGUGGUCUAGCCAUUUCUUUCAGCGCUUGUGAAGAUAAUCAGAUUGCUGUUGAUACAACAGCUUUUAGAAAGGGAAUGCAUGGUGUUAUGACAUAUCUUUUUAUAAAAGCAAUCAAAGAAAACCCAGAUAUAACAUAUGGAGGGAUCCUAGAGAAGGUCCGAGAGGGAAUUGCAGUGGUUAAUCAAAAGAGCUGUAAUCCCAGAAUAUUUCAUCGUCGUCACCGGCAUUAUAUUUCUCAGGAUACUAUUCUAUCCUCAUCUGAAAAAUUUGAUGUUUUUAAGAGGACAUUCGCAUUAUGAGCUGUCAUAGGGAUGCAGACGUGGAAUUGCAUAUGCAAAAACUGUGUCAUAUGAGACAUUGCGAAGACACAACUUCGAUAUAAAGUGAUAAUUCUUUGGUUAGGUGAUGUUUAAUUAAGACAUGUCAGGAUGCAUAAUACGUCUUCACAAACUAACAUGCGUAAUGGAUGAAGUGACGAUUCUUUGGUUAGGUCGUGUUUAAUUGAGACAUGUCAGCUUACACACUACUACACAGACUAACAUGCCUAAUGGCAUAGAAUACUUUUCAUAACAUGUAAAUAUGCAAUUUUCAGUCUAAUCUAUUCCUUUUCUCGUUGUGACAUAAUGUAGGCUGGGCAAUAAACAAUCGAAGAUGUACAAACACGGUCCCACUCCCCCCCAAAAAAAUAAAAGAAGUCUUAGCAAUUGAAAUCUAAUUGAACAGAAUGCAU